UAAAACAUCUGUUGGAUACGGCGCAUGUGACAAAUGCAAUUUUAUUUUAUUUAUUUGUCCCAAUUGUGAAUGAUACAGUAAAACACAUGACCAAAUAUCAUACUUUAAUCAUGUGUGAUUCAGUACAUUUUCAGUGGUGGAAGAGACACUCUGGAGUUGCUGCAGUGUGUCUGGGGCUGCUGUGUGUUCUCCUCCUGGCUGGGAUCAUAGGCCUGUCUGUCUACUAUGGAGUCACUGAUCAUCACACCUCAACAGAGAGAGAACAGCUACAGACCAGUUACAACAACCUGACUAAAGAGAGAGACGAGCUACAGACCAGUUACAACAACCUGACUAAAGAGAGAGACCAGCUACAGACCAGUUACAACAUCCUGACUAAAGAGAGAGGCCAGCUACAGACCAGUUACAACAGCCUGACUAAAGAGAGAGACCAGCUACAGACCAGUUACAACACCCUGACUAAAAAGAGAGACCAGCUACAGAAAGAGAAAGAUGAUGUCAUGUCAAAGUUAUCUAAUCUGAAACAAACCAGGCCAGAAGGCUGGCAUAAGUUUGAAUCCAGUUGGUACUUUCUGUUUACUGAGGCUAAAACCUGGGAAGAGAGCAGACAGGGAUGUCUGAAGAGAGGAGCAGACCUGGUGAUCGUAAACAGUGAUAAGGAACAGGAGUUUCUCUUAGGCCUUACUAUGAAAGCCUGGAUUGGUCUGACUGACUCUGUUACUGAUGGGACCUGGAAAUGGGUGGACGGAAACCCACUGACCACCCCAAGGUUCUGGCAGAGUGGACAGCCUGAUGGUGGUGGGUUGGAGGACUGUGCGUUGUUCUCUCACAGUUCACCAGACCAAGGAAAAUGGCAUGACUAUCCGUGUUCAUCUAACCAUUACGGGGUCUGUGAGAAAUAGUUAUUUCACUAUUAAUUAUGAUGUUGAUUGUCACUGAAAGUCAUGAUACCAGCUACAGAAUACAGAAAGUAUUCACAGCCUAGAGUUUUUACACAUUUUGUUGUUUACACACUGAAUUUGUAAAUGGAUUAAAUUGAGAUUUUAUUGUCACUGUCCUACACACAAUAACUCAUAAUGUCAAAGUGGAAAUAUGUUUUUCUUUUUUUUUUUUGAAUACAAAUUAAUAAAAGAUUUAAAG